UUCCUUAAAUUGUGCGUGCACGUUGGCGAUUUACAAUCAGUUAAUCAACAUACAUAAUCUACUAUUUUUGCUGCACUUUUAUGUCUUCUUUCAGGUCCAUUCCAGGGACAGGUGAUCGUGGCGAUGAUCAAUUCCCGGAUAUAAAAGAAAUCACUAUCCCGUUCAACCAGGCUCUUACUAUAAUUAUCGUCGCCACUAUAGUGGCCUUACUUCUAAAGGUAUUUGUUAUUGUAUACGUAUGCCGUCUAUGCCGUGAAAGACUUGGAAGAGAAAGCAGCGAUAGUGUUUGCCCCGAAACUCAAUCUCUAACACUAAACAUGGAUAAAUUCCUCAACGAAAUGGAAAAGGAGAAGCCUAUUCGGUUUACCUCCCAACAGCUACGGAUUGCGACCGAUAAUUUCACCAAUUUACUUGGUUCAGGUGGCUUUGGAACUGUUUAUAAAGGAAUUUUUAGUAACGGAACCAUGGUAGCUGUCAAAGUCCUGCAUGGAGAUUCCGAUAAAAGGAUAGAAGAACAGUUCAUGGCGGAAGUGAGUACAAUCGGAAGAGUUCACCAUGUUAAUCUGGUUCGACUUUACGGUUUCUGUUUUGACCUGAAUCUUAGAGCUCUUGUAUACGAGUACAUGGUAAAUGGUUCGCUUGACAAGUUUUUAUUUGGUGAAGACAAGAAACUGGGAUUCCAACAGCUUCAAGCAAUAGCAAUAGGCACUGCUAAAGGGAUUGCUUACUUGCACGAAGAAUGCCAACAACGGAUUAUCCACUACGACAUAAAACCAGGAAAUAUUCUAUUGGAUGCCAACUUCUUGCCUAAAGUGGCGGAUUUCGGAUUAGCCAAGCUUUGUAACAGGGAAAAGACACAUGUAACAAUGACAAGAGGAAGGGGUACUCCUGGAUAUGCAGCACCAGAGCUUUGGAUGCCAUAUCCUAUUACACAUAAAUGUGAUGUUUACAGCUUUGGGAUGUUAUUGUUUGAGAUCAUUGGUAAGAGAAGGAACCUUGAUACAAAUCUACCUGAAAGCCAAGAAUGGUUUCCAAGAUGGGUAUGGAAAAAUACUGAGACUGAAAAUCAUGUGGAGUUAAUGAUGGUCUGCGGAAUUGAGGAUAUGGAUAGAGAUACGGCGGAGAGAAUGAUGAAAACAGCUUUGUGGUGCAUUCAAUAUCGGCCUGAAUCGAGGCCUUUGAUGAGCAUCGUGGUGAAAAUGUUGGAAGGAGGAGUGGAGAUUCCUGCACCUUCAAAUCCUUUUGAAGCUUCUUCAAUGGAGCCUAAUAGUAAUACCUCUACUAGCACCGAUACCUCUAGUUGUUCAGAGUCGUCCUCAUUACUAGCAAGCUCUGCUUCAAUAUAUGCAACUCCUGUCAUGAAAAAAUAUGAAAUUGAAAUGGUCACAAUUUAUUAGAUAAUGCCAGAAUACAAAAUGUUAAUGGCCAUCUAUAAAUUUCUGACGCUAUAAAUUUUUUGUUGUAGGUAGCACUGUAUAUUCACCAUUGGUUAUGCUUGUAAUUUGUAAAAAGGUACUCAUUUGCAAAAUUAGUAAGGUAAGAUGUGGAGGGUAAGAGUUGAGUUUAGGGUUUAGGUUUGAUGGCUAUUAUGAUCACCAAAUAUAAAUUUUUGUACACUUUGACUGAAUUAAACAGUAGUAUAGAGAAGCAGGAUUAAUCCCACAGGGAUUAGGAUUCCUAAUAUCGUCUUUAGCAUGAUCAGAUUUCAAAAUUGUGGCAGUUGUCUUGCCCACGACUUGUAACGUGCUGACCUGAAAAUAAAUUAAAUAGGGAUUUUAGUUGAUUAA